CUCACUGCUGUGCUGAACCGUACUGAAUUACAGCCCAGGGAGAGCCAGGCUGGCGCUGCUAUGCCAUCUCAUAACUUGUCUUAAGUGUGAAAUAUGGUCUGGAACAGGAGUCGGUUGACAAUUGCUGGAACGAUAAUGCAUAUCAAUCUUCUCCAAGCCGCAUUCCUCUGAUUGCAAGAACUCCAGGAGCGAUUCCUGUUCUGUAGAUCUCAGCACUCAGACACAUUCCUGGCGAACGGGUCACACAUAAUAUGACUUAGACUGACCUUUGGCAUCAUUAUGUGAAGCCAGUAGGCUUAUACAAAAGCCAUAGAAUAUGUCGGCUGUCCAAUCAUUCAGGCUCACAUAUAGCCUACUGUUAGUGGAAGUGUGCGUCUGUUACUGCUUUUCUCCCUGGGUUACAGCUUGAACAGUCGUAAAUGAUGAGCUACAGCUUAAUUUAGAAUGACAUUGAAUAACAGAAUUCAAAACAGACAAAAACAGACUUUGAGUGAUCUAAAGAUUUUGAAUGCAUUAUUUUGUUUUGGUUCCAAAACCGUUAAGUGUAAUUUUGAAGUAAAACUACACCGAACAGACCAUAAGGUCAAUGGCAGGCUUGUGUGUUAUCAAGAAUCCUUUAAAAAGGCAAGUUGCCAAACAACAUAGCUACACUGGGAAAAGACAGAAGAGAAGGCCGAGGAGUAAUUUGUAUAUUUCCUUAGCUUGAACUGACUAUGACCCUAAUUUGUAUUUUAAUUUGUUGCUGUUUUCCCCUCCCGCUGUCAACAUCCGUUGUGAAUGACCGUGGACUCUGGACAGUUGCAGGUAAUCGUCUACACCACCCGGGGACGCCAUCAGCAUGCACAAGCCAUCUCAUCAGACUGCGAGCGAGAACGCUAUUAGCUUACUUAUUUUCACCACAGUGAUUGGGUAAAUUGAUUGGCACUUUGAUGGCAAUGGCUGUUGUGUUUGUUGAUUAUGUCCAAUAAUUUAACCUUAGCUGUGCAUUCACGUAUAGCCUAAAUGUGGGCUUCUCUCAAUAUAAACACUGAAGACACAUUUAAGAAAAACAAAGCAGUAGGAUAAUUUUAUUGGCAAGCUAUUCAUUGGAAACGGAAUUACAAUUGAUCUGGUGUAAUGAAAAACAAACACGUGUGUCCUGGCCACAUCCUCAACCCUCAGCAAGCUGUGUGCACGCACCCCAUGGAACGCAUCGCAUAGCCGUCGUGUCUGUGGGGCUUGAAGUUAUUUGAAUGCAGUCGCGGUGGUGCAGGGCAACUUCAGCAUAUGAUCAUGAACUACACGCCUGAUCAUAGCUGCGGGUACAGCGUGCGCCUCCACAGAAGGCGUUCGAGCUCCGUUUACGCACACGGUACAGUUGCGUCCUCCUGGACAGAUCGGUUCAUCAAGGAUGUCUUCAUCGACAGGAGAUAAGCUAUUGCAGCCCAGAGCAAAUCACACGAGGAAAACUACUGUCCGACGAUCAGGAUAUUGUGUUUUAGCUGGGGGCUGCGUUUAAUUGAUUGGCCGUUUUAAUUACCAAUCUCCGGAAGAUGUUAGUGAUGGAAAUUCAGCAGGGGCGAAAGUGGGGGGCAGAGUUAUAUCAUUGUAAAAGUUGUUAGCUCGCCAUAUAAGUUCCUGUUGUGAAAAUAUCUAUCGACGGAGACUCAUUAUCUUUGUUAUGGAUCUUGAUGCAAACGUGAGCACUGGAGAUUGCGUGUCCCGUAGUGCGAACGAGAGCCAGAAGACCGUGCAGCCUGUGUCCCUCGGCGCGACCACAGCGCUAGCCAGCGUGCUGAUCAUUACCAUCGUAGUUGACAUAAUCGGCAAUCUUCUCGUAAUUCUCUCCGUAUUCAGGAACAAGAAGCUUCGGAAUGCAGGCAACAUCUUCGUGGUCAGCCUGUCGGUGGCGGACUUGGUGGUGGCCGUGUACCCGUACCCGCUGGUCCUGACGGCCAUCUUCCACAACGACUGGAUCGCGGGCGACCUGCACUGCCAGGUGAGCGGCUUCAUCAUGGGCCUGAGCGUGAUCGGCUCCAUCUUCAACAUCACGGCCAUCGCCAUCAACCGCUACUGCUACAUCUGCCACAGCCUGCACUACGACCGCCUCUACAGCCUCAAGAACACCUGCUGCUACCUGGGCCUCACCUGGGCGCUGACCGCCAUCGCCACCGUGCCCAACUUCUUCGUGGGCUCGCUGCAGUACGACCCGCGCGUCUUCUCGUGCACCUUCGCGCAGACGGUGAGCGCCUACUACACCAUCUCGGUGGUGGUGGUGCACUUCCUGAUUCCGCUGCUGGUGGUGUCCUUCUGCUACCUGCGCAUCUGGGUGCUCGUCAUCCAGGUGAAGCACCGCGUCAAGCCCGAGAACAAGCUCAAGGUGAAGCCCAGCGACCUGCGCAACUUCCUCACCAUGUUCAUGGUGUUCGUGCUGUUCGCUGUCUGCUGGGCGCCGCUCAACCUCAUCGGCCUGGCCGUGGCCAUCAACCCGGCGCGCGUGGCGCCCAGCAUCCCCGAGUGGCUCUUCGUCACCAGCUACUUCAUGGCGUACUUCAACAGCUGCCUCAACGCCGUCAUCUACGGGCUGCUGAACCAGAACUUCCGCAAGGAGUACAAGACCAUCCUCCUGUCGCUGUGCACGCCCAGGAUGUUUCUGGCGGACAACUCCAGGUGCGGCACGGAGGGGCUCAAAAGCAAGCCCUCGCCUGCCAUCACAAACAACAACCUGGCAGAGAUUCACUUGUGAGACCAGAACAGUAUUCACGUACUGUAUGUUAAGAGGGGCUCAAAAGCAAGCCCUCGCCUGCCAUCACAAACAACAACCUGGCAGAGAUUCACUUGUGAGACCAGAACAGUAUUCACGUACUGUAUGUUGAUACAGUAUUAACAUACCGUAUUUCUUCCCACACUUGUUGACAUUUGUAUGGUUUUAAAUGUAAAAUCGAGCAUCACAUCGUGCCUUUGUUUUUCUAUUUUAAUUAACUUAGUAAAAUUGAUGCUUUGACGGAGAUUAUUAUUUAUUGUGCCAAACUAUGUGAUCUUUGCGAUUAUCUGUGUUUUAAUGGAAAUGGGAGGUUUACCUGAAGGACUAUUUAUUUUUCCUCAGAGAACAAUGAAUUAUCCCUGACAUGUUUUCAGUAUUACAUCAUCACAAUCAAUAUCAGUAUUUUUUUAAAGGAAAGAGUUGGCGUUAAAACAAUCUAGGGUCUAUUCCUGGAUGAUAACAAGUUUCACUAUGAUAAAGGUUCAUUUUGGAACAAAAUUAUGUUAAUCGGAGGAGUUUUAAGCUAGACCGUUGAUUUGCAUUAGCAAUGUGGUUUAUAACCUGCGACUUCUACCAGCAUUGUGCAAAUAAGGCUCAACGUGACGCAUGUUUGCAUUGUAAGAUUCAGCCAGAUCUGAUUUGACACUUCCGGAACUCGAAGUAAAGCAAAUGUGCUGCCUAUUUUGAGCCUUGUCAGUGGUUUGAAAACAGCCAUUCAUUUUCACAUGGCUUCAUGCCCACUGCUACAGGCUAUAAACUAUUUAGUUGCUAAUGAAAACAAUGGUUUAGCUCAAAACUCCUGCGAUUAAAACACUCUGCCUCCCCCAGGUUGUUUUAACGCCGGAUCUUUUCCUUUAACGGAAGAAAAGAGAUCGAAAAGAGAAGAAAGUGAAGAAAAAAAAGCAAGACCGAACAGUAAACACUAAUGCAGUUUUCAACGACAUCCGAAAACAGCAGAUGGCUAGUGUUUUUUUUUCUUUCUUUUUUUUCCCUCUGCCCGUGUCACAGGGACAUGCUAAAUCAUUUUAGGCCUCACUUCACUGGGUCCUUGUCAUUCUGGCGUGUGAACAGGAACAGUAAUGAGCCUCCGAACAAACAGAAUCUAUAUCAUCGGAAUGCAGGUCCAGCUGGGAACACGCCCCCAACACAGGCCCAGUCCAGCCCGGCCCGCCUCAAACUCCUCCACAGAGCUUUUGUUUUGUCCGUGUUGGAUUCAAACUCCACGGAACUUUUUUUUUUUUUUUUUGGCUCGUGUUGGAUUCACACUGGUUACGGUGUGAUUUGCAU